AUGUCCAAACUUCUAAUUCUCUUGAUUAUUCCUGCUGUUCUUUCAAGAUCAAUUCCAACUCAACAAGACGAGAAUGUUGUUCUUGCAGAACAAUUUGGUGAAGCAUUUUUAAAAGCAGUGCAAACCAAUGACUAUUCUAUUUUUGCUCCAAACUUCGAGGGAAACGUCUAUGAUCAAAAUGGAAAUCUAGUCGGAAAAUUUUCAAAGGAACAAUUAUUCCAAAUUAUCCAAGCAAGUGUCAAUGGUGGAAAUGGAGUUAUUCCAAAAGGUGAUCAAAAAUACGAUGUUGUACGAAACAAUGACAAACUCACUAUCACCAUCAUCUCAGAAGGUAUUACAAAUGUCGCCACUGUUACUAUUUUGGGCCAAAAUCGAUUCAUUUUGAAUAGCCUUUACUACUACGCUCCGGCUUCUUUGACAAAUAACCUCAUUUGA